UCCUGUUUUGAACCCUGAAAAAAAAACUUGUAAACUUCUACAUUCCGUUCCUUCUCUUUCUGUUUUUAUAUAUCUCGAUCGAGCAUCAUGGGUGAAGAUCAGAAAAUGCAAAGCUUUCGUGAUCCGAUCUCAACGAUAACCGGACCGUAUUCUCCUUCCGGUAGCACUGAAAAUAAUAGUAUUCGUUGGGCAGCCAUGGAUAAUGAUGACAUUUUUGAUUCAAGAACUUCGUCGUUUCAAGAUGUGAUUGAUGCCUCUACCUCAUCAUCUUCAUUAGACUUGGAAGAAGAAGAAGAAGAAGAAGACGGAUCUCUGAAUACAUCUUCUUCGUCAUCGUCCUCUUCAUCCAUCAAUGGACCUUUGUUUGAAUUGUCUGAUUUAAUGGAACAUCUCCCAAUCAAGAGAGGACUUUCUAAGCAUUUUGAUGGAAAAUCACAGUCAUUUACAUCGCUAUCAAACGUCAACUGUUUAGAAGAUCUUGCGAAAGGAGGAAUCCAUUUUAGGAAGAAGAAGUCAUCAUCCAGGAGCAAUAGCUAUGGAGAUGGAUUAGAUGUACAAAAUAAGAGAAUAUCAAAGAAGUCUUCAUUAACCAGAGGUUGUUUUGUGUCUUCUUUAGUUGAUAGGCAGGGAAUUAGCUUUAAUCUAAGAACUCAUGCCAAUUCGUUCAAAAGAUAGCGCUUAAUUAGUUGGGAAAAUAAAAGUUGCGUGGCAUUUGCACAAUUGUUAAUCUUGUAUGUGCAUAAUCAGUCUUGCACGAGAUGGCGGUUCUUGUUUAAAAAAACUAGUAUCUGAUGCGCUGCAUGCGCAUGCAUCAUUUUUAACGACUUAGAAGUUUCGAUGCAUAA